AUGUCUGGCGUACCACCUCAGUUCUUCAGAAUUGCCCAUCUGGCUGCUGGCUCGCUUGCCACCGUGUCUGCGCUGUCGCAGACAUCUUACAUCCUCAAGAAUUUCCCCGCGUUUCUGAUGGCGCUAUACUCUUUGGUGCUGGCAAUUCCCAUGAUCUACCUAGAAUUUAGGGUGCCCCCAAACCUGUACCGCUACGCUUCCUUUUAUUUCAGCUUCUUUGGCCGUGGUCUUUGCCUGAUACUGCUGUCUCUGCUGCUGAGCUACGGAGGCGUUUUCAAAAUCCUGGUCUCGAUUCUUUUGUUCCUAAGUGGGCUUGUGUACGUGAUUCUCGAGUUCGUGCCCAGCAUUCAGGAACCUGAGAAUUUCAGGCCUGAGGGCAGCUCCAUCGCGGUAGGGGAGGACGGCGACGACAUUAUUUAG